AUGGUUGUCCUCAGCCUUCUCCCUCUACUGUCCCUCCUGCUCGCGGCGGCGACGUUCACCUCGGCUGCAUCAGACUACCAUGAAAGCCUCGUUCUCCAGCCGCUUCCUCAAUCGUCGCUGUUAGCAUCGUUCAACUUCCGGGCAAAUACCUCCCAGGAGUCCUUUGAUCAGCGGCAUUUUCGGUACUUCCCUCGUGCUCUAGGUCAGAUACUACAACACACCAACACCAAGGAGCUCCACAUCCGCUUCACGACGGGGCGAUGGGAUUCAGAGAGCUGGGGCUCACUGCCUUGGAAUGGAUCUAAGGAAGGCAAUACGGGUGUUGAACUAUGGGCAUGGAUUGACGCGCCAAACAGCGAAAGCGCAUUUGCGAGAUGGAUCUCUUUAACCCAAUCUUUGUCCGGUCUCUUCUGCGCCUCCCUGAAUUUCAUUGAUUCUACACGGACAACUCGGCCAGUCGUGUCUUUUGAGCCUAACGGGGACCACAUCACGUCCGACGAGUUGCACCUGCUUCAUGGAACGCUUCCCGGCGAAGUUGUCUGUACAGAGAACCUAACUCCCUUUCUGAAGUUGCUUCCUUGCAAGGGCAAGGCGGGUAUUGCCAGUCUGUUAGAUGGACACAAGCUGUUUGAUGCUUCCUGGCAGAGCAUGUCUGUCGAUGUGCGUCCGAUGUGCCCCGAGACUGGAGAAUGUCUCAUGCAAAUAGACCAAACUGUGGAUAUAGUUUUAGACAUUGAGCGCUCCAAACGGCCCCGAGGCAAUCCAAUUCCGCGGCCCGUCCCUGCUGAUCAGCUUGAUUGUGACACAUCUAAAUCAUAUCAUGGCGGUGAUACCUGUUAUCCAUUAGAGAAGGGGUCCGAUAAAGGCUGGAGCUUGAACGAAAUCUUCGGACGUACCUUGAAUGGUGUCUGUACUCUCGACGACAGUCAGCGCUCUGGUGAGGAUGCGAUUUGUAUGCGGAUCCCACAUGCACAAGGAGUGUAUGUCACCCCAGGAGUAGAAGAAACAAAGAAGCCUGAUGGCUACACCCGUUGCUUCAUGCUUCAACAAACAGACUCGUUUGAUGUGGUGCUUCCCGAGCAAAAUGACAUGACCCUGGCUCCGUUGGAUAAGCCAGUGUUAAGUGCAGAAAGAACGAUUGUCGGCCAUGGCCAGGAACGGGGUGGUAUGCGCAUCAUAUUCGAUAAUCCGUCUGACUCAGACGCUGUCGAAUUCAUCUACUUCGAGACUCUUCCUUGGUUUUUGCGGCCCUAUCUCCACACCUUGCGCGCAACGAUCACCGGUCGUAACGGAAUCGCUCAAUCGGUUCCCAUCUCGGACAUCGUGAAGGAAACUUUCUACAGACCUGCCAUUGACCGAGAAAGAGGUACUCAGCUCGAAUUAGCAUUGUCCGUUCCUGCCGCUUCCAUUGUGACGCUCACCUACGACUUCGAGAAGGCAAUCCUACGCUACACUGAAUAUCCCCCGGACGCGAACCGCGGUUUCAAUGUGGCUCCUGCGGUGAUCAAAUUAUCCGGUGUGGAUGGAAAGAUCGCCGGCGAUACCCCCGUGUACAUGCGCACUACCAGCCUACUUCUCCCAUUACCGACUCCCGACUUCAGCAUGCCCUACAAUGUGAUUAUUCUCACUAGCACCGUGAUUGCGCUUGCUUUCGGAAGCAUCUUCAACCUCCUGGUCCGACGUUUUGUCGCAGCUGAUCAAGCCGCUGCACUCACAGCACAGACACUGAAGGGAAGAUUACUAGGAAAGUUAGUGGCUUUGCGCGAUCGCAUUGUCGGGAAGAGCUCAAAGGUGGAAUAA